GGCUUCCUAAUGCAAUCCAGCACCCCAGCGUUAAUAAACAGCUCUAUUUAGUUCCUCCUCCCUGGAUCCAGGGAGGUGAACUGAUCUGGGGCUGCUGUGAUGAAAUGCCAGAAGAAUCUCUCUCUGAGGCCUCACAAGCUGAUUUUUAGAGCUUUGCUGUUCUGUCGUCUUUGUCUUCCAAAUGGGAUCCAAUGAUAGCUGGACAAGUCAGUAAGCCCUUGCUGUCAGUGCGGAGUGAAAUGAACACGGAGUUGAGAGGUGAGGACAAGGCUGCUACUUCAGACAGCGAGCUGAAUGAGCCCCUGCUUGCGCCUGUGGAAUCUAAUGACAGUGAGGACACUCCCAGCAAGCUCUUCGGGGCCAGAGGAAACCCAGCACUAUCAGACCCAGGCACUCCUGACCAACACCAAGGCAGUCAGACCCACCUCCCUUUCCCGGUUGGGCCACAGCCACUUCUGACAGCACAACAGUUAGCCUCUGCUGUCGCUGGCGUGAUGCCGGGAGGCACGCCAGCCCUCAACCAGCCUAUCCUCAUCCCCUUCAACAUGGCCGGACAGCUAGGAGGACAACAAGGACUGGUCCUCACACUGCCUACCGCGAAUCUCACCAACAUCCAAGGGCUGGUAGCAGCAGCUGCGGCCGGAGGCAUUAUGACUCUGCCAUUGCAAAAUCUACAAGCUACCUCAUCCCUGAACUCCCAGCUCCAGCAGCUCCAGCAGCUCCAGCAGCUCCAGCCGCCGCCGCCGCCGCCGCCCGCCGGCCAGCACCCGCCGCCCGGCCCGCAGGCGCCCCCGCAGCCCCCGCAGCCGCAGCCCCAGCCCGCCCCGCCCCAGCAGCCGCCUCCCGCCUCCCAGCAGCCGCCGGCUCCGCCAGCUCAGCCCCAGCAGCAGCCUCAGCCCCACCCCCACCCCCCGAGCCAGAACCAACCGUCUCCGACUCAGCAGAGCGCGAGCCCCCCUCAGAAAGCCAGCCAGUCUCCGGGACAUGGCCUUCCGUCGCCGCUCACGCCACCCAAUCCUCUGCAGCUGGUUAAUAAUCCACUAACAAGUCAGGCUGCAGCGGCUGCAGCCGCCAUGGGCUCCAUAGCAAGCUCACAGGCCUUUGGCAAUGCCCUCUCCAGCCUUCAGGGGGUCACGGGUCAACUAGUUACUAAUGCACAAGGACAGAUUAUUGGGACCAUACCUCUGAUGCCGAAUCCGGGGCCAUCGAGCCAAGCAGCGAGUGGCACUCAAGGCCUGCAAGUGCAGCCCAUCACCCCCCAGCUCCUGACCAACGCCCAGGGCCAGAUCAUUGCCACGGUCAUCGGGAACCAGAUCCUGCCAGUGAUCAACACCCAGGGCAUCACGCUCUCACCCAUCAAGCCCGGCCAGCAGCUCCACCAACCCUCCCAGACGUCAGUGGGUCAAGCAGCCUCCCAAAGCAGCCUUCUGCACCUGGCUCACAGCCAAGCAUCCAUGUCUCAAAGCCCAGUCCGGCAGGCUUCCUCUUCUUCCUCCUCAUCCUCCUCUUCUUCAGCUUUGAGCGUGGGCCAGUUAGUCAGCAAUCCUCAAACGGCAGCGGGUGAGGUGGAUGGGGUUAAUCUGGAGGAGAUCCGAGAAUUUGCCAAAGCUUUUAAAAUCCGGCGCCUGUCCCUUGGCCUGACCCAGACUCAGGUGGGACAGGCUCUCAGUGCUACAGAGGGCCCCGCGUACAGCCAAUCGGCCAUCUGCAGACACACCAUCCUGAGAAGCCACUUUUUCCUACCACAGGAAGCCCAAGAGAACACUAUAGCUAGCAGUCUGACAGCCAAACUGAACCCUGGCCUUUUGUAUCCUGCCAGGUUUGAAAAGCUGGACAUCACCCCUAAAAGUGCCCAGAAGAUCAAGCCGGUGCUUGAGCGGUGGAUGGCUGAGGCUGAGGCCCGCCAUCGAGCAGGUAUGCAGAACCUGACCGAGUUUAUCGGGAGCGAACCGUCCAAAAAGCGCAAGCGGCGCACCUCCUUCACACCCCAGGCCCUUGAGAUCCUCAAUGCCCACUUUGAGAAGAACACACACCCCUCUGGGCAGGAAAUGACCGAAAUUGCCGAGAAGCUGAACUAUGACCGGGAGGUAGUUAGAGUUUGGUUCUGCAAUAAGAGGCAAGCCCUGAAGAACACAAUUAAACGCUUAAAACAGCACGAGCCGGCCACGGCCGUCCCUCUGGAGCCCUUAACAGACUCUCUGGAAGAAAACUCCUAAAGAGACGCCCGCCCAGAAUCAGAAGCAAAACCCACAGAAACGAAACUCCACCCUUUGGACUCCGCAGACCAUAACUGAGAAUAAUAAUUAAUAAUAAUAACAAUAAAUUGAAAAUAAAAUUGAAAACUAGCUCCAGUCAUCACCCUUGUAAGUAAAGGACUAAGGAGACUACCAAGUGGACGGAAUGGUUUAUACGUGUCCGUUGGUUUUCCAAAAAGAAAAAAAAAAAACAAUUUUUGAAAAUUUUUAAACAAGGCACACACCCCGCCGCAGGUGUGUGCGGUAGGAUAGUCCCCUCCCCCACCCAUCUCCCCUCAAAGCCAAUUUUUUAACGGACUUAAAGCAAACCAAAUAACCACAUACCUUUUUCUGUACAUUAUGAAAAUGUGAACACAUUUUAAGGAAAAAGAAAAACAACUAAACCAAAAAAAAACAAAAACACAAAAAAACAAAAACAAACAGAAACAAAAAACAAAAAAACAAAAAAAACCAACAAAAACUUUUAUCUGUUCAAAGAGAAUACAAGCCUGCCACCUGGAGGAGGGACUAGGGACUGCAUUCUUUCAGGUUCUAAGUGCUGAUUUCACUAUGAAACCUAUUAACCAAAGUCAGAAACACGGCAUUGCAAACGCGAUCGUUGGUCUACUCUUCUCUGCGUGUAAAGUUGCGUUAGGAAUUUUUACAUUUGUACUUAAAGGAAAAAUAAGAAGCCUGAUUUCUCCCAUCUUACCCAUCUCUGUCCCCACCUGUGGUGUGGGUGCCAUCGUUGAAGCCAUUAUGUGAGGCUCACUGUUGGUUUUCAUUGGGGGUGGGGCGUUCUUUUCUCUUUUUGUUUGUGGGGUUUUUUUUGGGGGGGGGGAGGGGGCGACAUCCUGGAUCGUGUGCCAAAGCAUUCAUUGCUUUCUUCUCACUAUGACUUGUGGGUUUGAGAAAAGAAAAUGGAGCCCGCAUUUCUCAUUUUUCCUCCAUUUCUCCAUCUCCCUCACAUGUGGCCUCCAGGGUCUGCUGGAGGGCCACAGAGUGGGAACCGUGUCCUUUCCACUCAGAUCCCGGUGAAAUGCAGGAGAGACUCCAAAAUAACGAGGGCUUUGCUCGAUGAACUGUCAACACUGGCAUAAGCUAUAAUUGUACUCACUGUCCACACCAGAGCUUGGGAUUUUUCUCAGUCUGUUGGCCACGUACAUGGAGACCUGACCAAAACCAAUUUUGUAAUAUAAACAUAAACUGCACAUUUGGUUCAAUACUUACAUCUAUGUUAUGCUUCUGUGCAAAGCAAUUUCUCUCAGAGGUCUGAUAGCCAAAGAAAUGUCUCAAGAUUUCAGUCAAAACACACACAUAGCAUGCACACACCCAUAUGCACACACACAAAGAAAACAGGCCAAAAAGAAAGGGAUCGUGACUGGAUCAUUAAAGGCCAUCAUGUACCCUGCAAAUCCCAUCUUUUCUGCUACUAUUUUCAUUCCAGUAGGGAUGGCAGACUCUUUUCAGGGGGGGGGGGGGAGCAUUUGUUCCUGGGAUAUACAAAUAGAGCAGAAAGUUAGAAGACAAAUUUAAACAAUUGGAAUUGGGGGCUGGGUUCUUGAGGGGAAAAGAAGUUGUAGCAAUCAAGUGCCUCCACUAGAAGGAAAAAAAUCUAGAAGCGGCUUGUCUAACACAGCAGAAUAGCCUUCACCAUUAGAACUAGGGGAUUCUUUCAUUUUUCAAAAAAAACUUACUCAAAAGAUCGGUGGGCCGAAAUAACCUAGUAGGCCAGAAGGAAAGGGUGAGAGGCGAGGAUGGCUGGGCAGGUGGACACCCGGAUCCCACAGGUAUAGGCAAAAUGUGUUCAAAGGAGCUGGCAAAGAGAACCACAGAUGUGCACACCGUCUAGAUGCAAAUGUUCCUGAAUAGUUAAUUACUAAUCACACUCAUGUGCUCUGUAGAAGUAAAUUAUGAAAGAAAAAAAAACCCUCAAGUUGCCCGACUGAAGAGAAAUGUUAUCUUCUUUCCCUAACACACUCCCUCCCCCGUGGGAGUUUGAGUUUCUUCUGUCGGCCCCUCGGCUGGUGAUGUCAGUGCAAUGGUAUGAGCGUCUCCACCCCACCCCCCUCCCAGACGGCUCAUGAUUCACGCAGCAGUCAGGAGGCCACCAGCAAGGAAACUCAGAAAGAAAUCCUGCAAGUGGCAUCAUUCGCCUGUGAAGGUGUUUCCACUGGACCAGUCUGAUGCUAACUGGACCACGGCUAAUGGACCACGGCUAACUUGAUCUUCAAUGCCAACGACAUCACGGCACCCAUUUCGCCACCACCAAAUCCACCGCACAAAUACCAACAACCCAGAAAUCCAAAAACGUAUCAAUUAAACAGAUUUUGUAUUCUCCUAGGACCUGCUCCAAAUUCCGUCAAGAAAAGCUCCCCAGGAAGAGAAGUUAACAAGCGGACAUAUAAUGGAUGCUAAAUGUGUAAACAUAUGCCAGCAGCUGCUGCAUAAGGCCUGCUCCGUUUGGAGAUCUAUAAUUGGGAGGGGAUAACUAGGACAGUGAAAAUAAAAAAUAAAAGUGAUCUUCCAGAGUGGAAUAAAAAAGAAAUGUAUUCAUCCCACAGUCGUAAAACCAUUCAUGUGCAGUGAUUUUUUUUAUAGUUUUAUAAUUUUGUAUUGUUUUAUAAAUUAUUUAUAAGGUGUUGUAAUGCUUCUUAUAUUAAUUUUUUACAGAUGAAUUUUUUGCUACAAGGCAUAAAAAGGUGCCUGAACAAAUUCUUAGGAAUAUAAAUUAUAUUGUGUGACUUGUAAGUCUUCGGGACCUCACCUACUGCUUAAUUUUUAUUAUGACAUUUCUUAUUUCCACUUGUAAACAACUUCAUAUGCCAACAGCACUUAAGCGUCUUUUAUGUUCCCAUGAACUGAAGGUUAAGGUUGCCACUAACAAAAAAUAAAAGCCACUUCGGGCACAUGUGAUUGUAUUCCAAGCUUCAAUAUUUUUCUUACAUAUUCUUAAAUCACAGUCAGCUUCAUUUCCUUCAUGGUUUGAUGAGAACGAAAAAUGACCAAUGUUAUAUUUCACACUUGUUUGUGGGCUUUUUUUCUUCUUUUUCAACCAAAAAAAACAUUUUGAACCGCUGAGAGUUUUAAUCGCAUUUGCAAGGUUUUGGGUUCUAUAUGUUGUAAUCACACCAUACACACGCACACGCGCACACACACACACACACCCCACAAAAGAGAGAACAAAACAGCAAAAGGAGCUAGGAAAAAAGAAAACCAAGUAGAGGCGUAUCAAAGAACUCAAGCUAUAACCAAAAAGAAAUUGUAAAAUGCCUUUGCUCAUCUUCUCUACGCUGGACCAAAGCUCAGUAUUUGUAGGUAUAUGCACAUUGUAUAGAUAUGGCUUAAAUGUUGCUGACAAUCUUGCAAUACUAAACUGUUCCUAUUUUAAGAAAAAAAAGAAGAAAUACAAACUGUUCAUCAAUGUUUUACCUCAGCACUCUACUUGUACCCAGUUAAUGACCAAGCUUAAAAAAAAAAAUGGAGAAAAAGGAAAUUGAUUUUCAUUUCAAUGUUUGACUGUAAAAUCUGUUUGGAUAACAUUUUGUAAUGAGCUUUUCGUCACGUGGUUUGCUUGUCUUCAACUUGAAAUUAUGUGAGGCACAUUUGUUUAUUUGUUGUUAAGAAAGUGAUUUUUUUUUUGUUUUUGUCCUACGUGCUGUGAUCUAGACUGGUCACCAGGGUCACUGAUGAGGCACCACAGAGAGCUGCCUCUCCAUGCGUGGGGCAGGCAGCAGGAAGGAGGGCAGGAAAACCGACUGGGUUGUUUUGAAAAAAUCAUCAUGAUGAGAAGUUGACAUGAUGGACUUGUGACCAAGAAGCCAAACUGGAUAUUUAAAAGCUCCUUACUUGCUCUGACAUUGAAACCAAAGCUGAUUUAUCUGCACAGGUUGCUUAAUGUUUAAAAAAAAAAAAAAAAAAAAAAAAAAAAAACCUGACGAAACUGUACUUAAUCUAGAGCAAUAUCUGUAUGGUCAGUAAAGCUGCACUUUGUGUAUUUCUUAACAGCUUCAGAUCUGUCACUUUUAAUUUGUACCAUAAAAAAUAAAGAAUUGUUUGACAUGA